AUGCUCAUGGUAAAGCUAGACCACAUGCAGCAAAGUGUUCUGCAACUACAGAUCGAAUUGGCCAAGCAGCGGGAAGAGCAAGCUGACAGCAAGGCGCACAUGACCGUGGGACUGGACCAAAUGCAGCACAAUUUUCUGGAACUACAGACUGAAUUGACUAAGCUCCGGGAAGAGGCUGCGCAAAACCAAAAAGACAUCCUCGAUGAUGAUGUUGGACGCAACUUUACUCUCCUACAGGAACGAUCAUGGCAGAUUUUGACGCAAAUACUUACGCGUGUUACACCGAAGACCAAUCCUCUUUCAUAUGCACCCUAUCGCUCGUGCAGGGACAUUCGGAAUGCACUGUCUGGAGUAUAUAUUAUCCAGGUGAACGAUGAAAGUAACCCUUUUAUGGCGUACUGUCAGGAGGAUGUGAAGGGUGGAGGCAUCUGGUUGGUGAUACAGCACCGAUUUGAUGGAUCGCUAAACUUCUAUCGCAACUGGACCGAGUAUCGAAAUGGUUUUGGUGACAUUGAGCAAGAGUUCUGGAUCGGACUCGAACGACUAUAUCAGCUGACAUCAGGACGACCCCAUGAACUGAUGGUUGAGCUGAGAGACUUUAAGGGGAAUUAUAGCUUUGCAUUCUACGCAGCAUUCGAGAUCGGCAAUGAAGCCGAACAAUACAAUCUGAAAACACUUGGAGGGUACAACGGAACUGCAGGGGAUUCUCUGUCAUAUUUCAAGAAUAUGAAAUUCUCGACGUACGAUCGUGAUAACAACGUGAAUCAGACCAGAAAUUGUUCUGCAUAUCUUGAGGGUGGCUGGUGGUACAAAACCUGCUUUAACUCCAAUUUGAACGGGCAAUACAAGAAUAUAGCAGAUAAAAGAUCGAUGAACUGGUACGACUUCAGCAAACCAAAUAUGGGACUGAGCUUUUCAAGAAUGAUGAUCCGACCAAAAUGA